AUGGCUGGAAAUUUUGGCCAUUUCAGUGGGGCUGUAGCGAUGAGCUGGGAGGAGAUGGUGGUGGAUAUCUUCUCCUGCUGCAUGGUGGGUGGCUGCUGGCGUUGUGUGCCUUUCUUGCGUGGAUGCUGUCUCGUGGUGUGUGAACUGUGCGGCUGGGCCUGCUGCCUUCUCCUCAUGUUGUCUGCGCUCUCUCGCUGUAUCCGCUGCACUCCGUCCCUCUCCCUCCUGUUCCAUUCCUUUCCCUUCUGGCUCACGGAUCAGCUGACUGGCUCCAGCGACUCCACUACGGGUGACGAUGACUGCGAUGACGACGGUGACGGUGCGGCGCGGUGUGCGCCGUGA